AUGAUGGUUGCGUCUUUCGAACAUCGUGACGUCUGUCAUGCCGAUUCCGUAAUCGCGAAAUCGUUGCCAUCUGCGAUGGUUGGCAUUAGACAUGAACACGUCCACCCAUCUUUGGGUAGUCGUCCAAGAGGACGCUUACAUUCUCUUAGAGUCCACUAUAUAUUCUGCUGGAUCGGGAAGAUGGGUUCACCUGUCACCUGUCAACUGUUCUCCCUCGAUCGUCGAGUGACCUGA